GAGCAAUUCAUCUUUUCUGUUUUCUUAAAGCUCUUCAUCCAAACAUGGCCUUCUCCUCCACCAUUUCUCCCAAACAUUGCCGCCUCUCUUCUUCCUCAUCCUCCAACUUCCCUAAAUCCCAAAAUCCACCCCUCAAAUUCAACAAAAUUACACUUUACCCCUCAAAGAAUCCUCUUUCCAUUGCUUGUGUUCUUACAGAAAAACAAUCAAUGGCGGCUGAACCGGCGGUUCUUCAACGACCCGAUGCGUUUGGCCGGUUCGGUAAAUUUGGCGGGAAAUAUGUACCAGAAACCCUAAUGCACGCGCUUGAUGAACUUGAAACCGCGUUUAAAGCACUCGCUACAGAUGGAGCUUUUCAGAAAGAGCUACAUGGAAUAUUGAAAGAUUAUGUAGGCAGAGAGAGCCCUCUUUAUUUUGCAGAACGACUUACUGAGCACUACAAGCGUCCAGAUGGCAAAGGGCCUCUGAUCUACCUGAAAAGGGAAGAUCUUAACCACACUGGUGCCCACAAAAUCAAUAAUGCUGUUGCCCAAGCUUUGCUUGCCAAGCGCUUGGGCAAGAAACGCAUCAUUGCUGAGACAGGGGCAGGUCAGCAUGGUGUUGCCACCGCUACUGUUUGUGCUCGCUUUGGUUUGGAAUGUAUUAUCUAUAUGGGUGCUCAAGAUAUGGAGAGACAAGCACUAAAUGUCUUCAGAAUGAAGCUUCUUGGAGCUGAGGUUAGAGGAGUCCACUCUGGGACUGCUACGCUCAAGGAUGCCACUUCAGAGGCUAUAAGGGAUUGGGUUACAAAUGUCGAAACAACUCAUUACAUACUUGGAUCUGUUGCCGGACCUCAUCCGUACCCCAUGAUGGUAAGAGAGUUUCAUGCAGUGAUUGGCAAAGAAACAAGGAAACAAGCAUUGGAAAAAUGGGGUGGGAAACCAGACGUGCUUGUUGCUUGUGUUGGUGGAGGCUCAAAUGCUAUUGGACUGUUUCAUGAGUUUGUUGAUGAUAAAGAUGUCAGGUUGAUUGGUGUAGAGGCUGCUGGUUUUGGUAUAGACAGUGGAAAACAUGCUGCAACUCUGACAAUGGGAGAGGUUGGAGUACUGCACGGAGCUAUGAGCUAUCUGCUGCAAGAUGAAGAUGGACAGAUAGUUGAGCCCCAUUCCAUCAGUGCUGGAUUGGAUUACCCUGGAGUUGGGCCAGAGCACAGCUUUUUGAAAGACUUGGGACGAGCAGAGUAUUAUAGCAUUACUGAUGAGGAGGCUUUAGAAGCCUUCAAGCGAUUAUCUCGGUUAGAGGGCAUUAUUCCUGCGCUCGAAACAUCUCAUGCUCUGGCUUACUUGGAGAAGUUGUGUCCAACUCUACCCAAUGGGACUAAGGUGGUGCUUAACUGCAGUGGUAGAGGAGAUAAAGAUGUUCAGACAGCUAUUAAGUAUUUGAAGUUUUGAUUGAAUCCCUUUUGGAUUCAUUUUGUACUUUAGGAAACUGAGUGAAACAUGUUUGUUGUAUUAGUAAAAUGCCUUUCUUCUGAUGAAUAAAUAUUUUUCUUGACGAAAUGCCGUUCUCAUGAAUAAAGAUUUUUCUUGAAGAAA